AUGGGGGAACAAGGGACAGGGGCGGAACGGGGCCGAGGGGCGGGGGCGGAACGGGGCCGAAGGGCGGGGGCGGAACGGGGCCGAAGGGCGGGGGCGGAACGGGGCCGAAGGGCAGGGACGGAACGGGGGAGGGGGCAUAAGGGGGCCGACGGGCGGGAGCGGAAAGGGCCGGGACGAGGGGCGGGAGCGGAAGUGGCCGGGCCGAGGGGCGGGAGCGGAAGUGGCCGGGCCGAGGGGCGGGAGCGGAAGUGGCCGGGCCGAGGGGCGGGAGCGGAAGUGGCCGGGCCGAGGGGCGGGAGCGGAAGUGGCCGGGCCGAGGGGCGGGAGCGGAACGGGCCGGGCCGAGGGGCGGGAGCGGAACGGGCCGGGCCGAGGGGCGGGAGCGUAACGGGCCGGGCCGAGGGGCGGGAGCGUAACGGGCCGGGCCGAGGGGCGGGAGCGUAA